UCUUGAGUAUUGUUGUGAGUCUGGAGUCAUUAGGACACAUACAGUAUCAUUGUCAGCUAGCCAACCUUAACGCUGUGCUAGCUACGCUGUAAUACAAUGAGACUUCUGCAAAAGCGGAAUUGCAGUUAAGUGGCCGAGAUAUUAAUACAAACACGUUAGGCCAUGGUGAUCAUAUCAGGCACAGCCACUGUGCUGCAACAGUUUGUCAGUGGGCUGAAGAGUCGAAAUGAAGACACCAGGGCAAAAUCUGCCAAAGACUUGCAGCACUAUGUGACUACGGAGCUCCGAGAGUUGAGCCAGGAUGAAGCCACUACAUUCUACGAUGAGUUGAACCACCACAUAUUUGAGCUGGUAUCCAGCUCUGAUGUGAAUGAGAAGAAAGGAGGGAUUCUUGCUAUAGUGAGUCUAAUUGGAGUUGAGGGAGGCAAUGCCACCAGGAUCAGCCGAUUUGCCAACUACCUGCGCAACCUGCUCCCUUCCAGUGACCCAGUGGUCAUGGAGAUGGCCUCUAAAGCCAUGGGCCACCUAUCUAUGGCUGGAGACACCUUCACUGCAGAAUAUGUUGAGUUUGAGGUGAAGAGGGCCCUGGAGUGGCUUGGAGCUGACAGAAAUGAAGGCAGGCGCCAUGCUGCAGUGUUGGUAUUAAGGGAGCUGGCUGUGAGUGCACCCACCUUUUUCUUUCAGCAAGUGCAACCCUUCUUUGACAACAUCUUUUAUGCAGUAUGGGACCCCAAGCAGGCCAUCCGGGAAGGGGCUGUGUCUGCCCUGCGAGCCUGUCUCAUCCUCACCACUCAGAGGGAGACCAAGGAAAUGCAGAAACCACAGUGGUACAAACAAACCUUUGAGGAAGCAGAGAAAGGCUUUGAUGAGACUUUGGCCAAAGAGAAAGGGAUGAAUCGUGACGACAGGGUCCACGGUGCACUUCUGAUCCUGAAUGAGCUGGUUCGCAUCAGCAGCAUGGAGGGAGAGCGUAUGCGUGAGGAGAUGGAGGAGAUCACACAGCAGCAGCUGGUCCAUGAUAAAUACUGCAAAGAGCUGAUGGGAUUUGGAACCAAGCCCCGACACAUCACCCCCUUCACCAGCUUCCAGUCCGUGCAGCCGCAGCAAUCCAAUGCCCUCCUGGGUUUACUGGGUUACAGCACACCUCAGGGCUUUCUCAGCUUUGGAACAAUGCCGGUUCCUGCUAAGAGCUCACUGGUGGAGAGCCGAUACUGCCGUGAGCUGAUGGAAGAGCGAUUUGACCAGGUGUGUCGCUGGGUACUGAAAUACAAGGCCAGUAAGAACCCUCUGAUUCAGAUGACCAUCCUCAACCUGCUUCCACGUUUGGCUGCCUUUCAGCCCCACACCUUCACAGACCAAUACUUGUCAGACACCAUGGGUUACCUGCUGGGCUGUCUGAAGAAGGAGAAGGAGAGGACAGCAGCUUUUCAGGCUUUGGGCCUGCUAGUCGUUGCUGUCAGGGCAGAAAUCCAGCCGUACCUCACUAAGAUCCUUGAGAUCAUCAAGGCCGCUCUACCACCCAAGGAUUUUGCACACAAGAGGCAGAAGACUAUGCAGGUGGAUGCCACGGUGUUCACCUGUAUAAGCAUGCUUUCCAGAGCCAUGGGUCCCAGCAUCCAGCCAGACAUCAAGGAGCUGCUGGAGCCUAUGCUGGCUGUGGGCCUCAGUCCUGCACUGACAGCGGUGCUGUAUGACCUGAGCCGUCAAAUCCCCCAGCUGAAGAAAGACAUCCAGGAUGGUUUGCUGAAGAUGCUGUCCUUGGUGUUAAUGCACAAGCCACUGCGUCACCCCGGCAUGCCCAAAGGUCUGGCUCACCAGCUGGCCUCGCCAAGCCUCACCAACAUCCCAGAGGCCAGUGAUGUUGGCAGCAUUACCCUAGCCUUGCGUACCCUGGGAAGCUUUGAAUUUGAGGGACACUCCCUCACACAGUUUGUGCGCCACUGUGCUGAUCACUUCCUGAACAGUGAGCACAAGGAAAUCCGGAUGGAGGCAGCUCGGACCUGCUCACGCCUCCUCACUCCCUCCAUUCAUCUAAUCAGUGGCCAUGUUGUCAGCCAGACCGCUGUGCAGGUUGUUGCAGAUGUGCUCAGCAAACUUCUAGUCGUUGGAAUCACCGAUCCAGAUCCAGAUAUCCGAUACUGUGUGCUGGCGUCUCUUGAUGAGCGUUUUGAUGCUCACCUCGCCCAGGCUGAGAACCUUCAGGCGCUUUUUGUAGCACUGAACGAUGAGGUGUUUGAGAUCAGAGAGCUGGCAAUCUGCACAAUUGGACGCCUCAGCAGCAUGAACCCUGCCUUUGUCAUGCCCUUCCUUCGCAAGAUGCUCAUUCAGAUCUUAACAGAACUGGAGCACAGUGGUGUUGGCAGGAACAAAGAGCAGAGUGCCCGUAUGCUCGGUCAUCUGGUCUCCAACGCCCCCCGCCUCAUACGGCCUUAUAUGGAACCCAUCCUCAAGGCUCUCAUUCUCAAGCUGAAAGACCCAGACCCCAACCCUGGAGUGGUCAUUAGUGUCCUUGCAACCAUUGGGGAGUUGGCUCAGGUGGCCGAAUGGUCCCCAGAGAGGAGUCAGAAAAGCACAGUUAAAGGCACUCAGACCUUGCAGUUCAGAGAGAGUGCAGGAGAUGCUCAGGUAGACCAGAUGCAGGAAGAGGCCCAACUGUCGAGGAGACAAGACACAAAGAAGACACAGCAGAACGUGAGUGGCCUUGAGAUGAGGAAGUGGAUGGAUGAGCUCUUUCCAAUCAUCAUGGACAUGCUUCAAGACUCCUCCUCCUUGGCUAAGCGGCAGGUGGCGCUGUGGACACUGGGCCAGCAGGUGGCUAGUACAGGCUAUGUGGUGGAGCCCUAUCGCAAGUACCCUUCCCUUCUAGAGGUGCUGCUUAACUUCCUGAAGACUGAACAAAACCAGGGCAUUAGGAGAGAGGCCAUACGUGUUCUGGGUCUUCUUGGAGCUCUGGAUCCCUAUAAGCACAAAGUAAACAUUGGCAUGAUUGACCAGUCCCGAGAUGCCUCUGCUGUCAGUCUCUCUGAGUCCAAGUCCAGUCAGGACUCCGCGGACUACAGCACCAGUGAAAUGCUUGUUAACAUGGGCAACCUGCCCCUGGAUGAGUUUUACCCUGCAGUGGCAAUCGUCACACUGAUGCGCAUCCUGAGGGAUCCCUCACUCUCCAACCACCAUACUAUGGUAGUCCAGGCUGUCACCUUCAUCUUCAAGUCUCUGGGACUCAAGUGUGUCCAGUUCCUGCCUCAGGUCAUGCCCACCUUCCUCAAUGUCAUCCGGGUCUGUGAUGCCAGCAUUCGUGAGUUCCUCUUCCAGCAGAUGGGAAUGGUGGUGUGCUUUGUCAAGAUUCACAUUCGACCCUACAUGGACGACAUCUUCACCCUCAUCAGAGAGUACUGGACACCAAACAACCCCAUGCAGAACACCAUCAUCCUUCUGAUUGAGCAGAUCGUGGUGGCGCUGGGUGGAGAGUUCAAGCUCUAUCUGCCUCAGCUCAUCCCACACAUGCUACGUGUCUUCAUGCACGACAACAGCACCGGGCGCAGUGUCACCAUCAAGCUCCUCAACGCCAUCCAGCUGUUUGGUGCCAACCUAGAUGACUACCUCCACUUGUUGCUGCCUCCCAUUGUCAAGCUGUUUGAUGCCCCUGAUGUGCCGCUACAGGCCCGCAAGGUUGCCUUGGAGACACUCGACCGCCUGACAGAGUCCCUGGACUUCACAGAUUAUGCUUCACGCAUUAUCCACCCGAUUGUCCGGACACUUGACAGCACGCCUGAGCUGCGCUCCACCUCCAUGGACACCCUGUCCUCUUUAGUAUUCCAGCUGGGAAAGAAGUACCAGAUCUUCAUCCCCAUGGUGAACAAAGUGAUGCUGAAGCACAGGAUCAACCACCAGCGCUACGACAUACUCAUAUGUCGCAUUGUCAAGGGCUAUACUCUGGCAGAGGAGGAAGAGGACCCUUUAAUCUUUCAACAUCGCCAGCUUCGUGGUAACCAAGGUGACACUCUGGUCAGCGGGCCUGUCGAGGCAGGGCCUAUGAAGAAGCUUCAUGUCAGCACGACUGCACUUCAGAAGGCCUGGGGUGCUGCCAGGAAGGUGUCCAAAGAUGACUGGCUGGAGUGGCUGAGGCGCUUGAGUGUCGUCUUGCUCAAAGAGUCAUCCUCCCCCGCUCUGCGAUCAUGCUGGUCACUGGCUCAGACGUAUAUCCCUCUUGCCAGGGACCUGUUCAAUGCAGCUUUCCUUUCUUGUUGGUCUGAGCUGAGUGAGGACCAGCAGGACGAGCUCAUCCGCAGCAUUGAGUUAGCUCUUACCUCUCAAGACAUUGCUGAGGUCACACAGACUCUGCUUAACUUGGCAGAGUUCAUGGAGCACAGCGACAAGGGCCCGCUGCCCCUCAGAGAUGAUAAUGGCAUUGUGCUGCUUGGCGAGAGAGCUGCUAAAUGCCGUGCUUAUGCCAAGGCGUUGCAUUACAAAGAGCUGGAGUUUCAAAAAGGUCCUUCUCCCCUCAUCCUGGAGUCUCUCAUCAGCAUCAACAACAAACUGCAGCAGCCAGAAGCUGCAUCUGGUGUGCUGGAAUAUGCCAUGAAACAUUUUGGUGAACUGGAAAUCCAAGCCACCUGGUAUGAGAAGCUUCAUGAGUGGGAGGAUGCCCUGGUGGCGUAUGACAAGAAGAUCGACAUGAACAAAGAGGAUCCGGAGCUCAUCCUGGGCAGAAUGCGGUGCUUGGAGGCCCUAGGAGAAUGGGGCCAACUGCAUCAGCAGUGCUGUGAAGAAUGGACGCUGGUCAGCGAGGAAACCCAGGCAAAGAUGGCUCGUAUGGCAGCUGCAGCUGCCUGGGGUCUAGGACAUUGGGACAGCAUGGAGGAGUACACAUGUAUGAUCCCAAGAGAUACACACGAUGGUGCUUUUUACAGGGCAGUGCUAGCCCUGCAUCAAGACCUCUUCUCAUUGGCCCAACAGUGUAUCGACAAAGCAAGAGACCUCCUGGAUGCUGAGCUGACAGCCAUGGCUGGAGAGAGCUACAGUCGAGCAUACGGGGCCAUGGUGUCUUGCCAGAUGCUGUCAGAGCUAGAGGAGGUAAUUCAGUACAAGCUGGUGCCAGAGAGGAGGGACAUCAUCAGGGAAACAUGGUGGGAGAGGCUUCAGGGUUGUCAGCGGAUUGUAGAAGACUGGCAGAGGAUCUUAAUGGUCAGGUCGCUGGUUAUCAGCCCCCAUGAGGACAUGAGGACUUGGUUGAAAUAUGCCAGUCUUUGUGGCAAGAGUGGACGUCUGGCACUGGCCCACAAGACCCUGGUGCUCCUUCUGGGUGUUGACCCCUCCAAGCAACUAGAUCAUCCACUGCCCACAACCCACCCCCACGUCACAUAUGCAUACAUGAAGUACAUGUGGAAGAGCGCCCGUAAGAUUGAUGCUUUUCAGCACAUGCAACACUUUGUUCAAGGUGUCCAACAGCAAGCCCAACAUGCCAUUGCAGCAGAGGACCAUCAACGCAAACAGGAGCUCCACAAGCUCAUGGCCAGAUGUUUCUUGAAGCUAGGGGAAUGGCAGCUCAGCCUACAGGGCAUCAAUGAGAGCACCAUCCCCAAAGUUCUGCAGUAUUACAGCAACUCGACUGAGCACGACCGCAACUGGUACAAGGCUUGGCAUGCCUGGGCUGUGAUGAACUUUGAAGCAGUGUUGCACUACAAACACCAGAACCAAGCACGGGAUGAGAAGAAAAAGUUGCGACAUGCCAGUGGUGCCAGCGCUAACAGUGAAGCCAGCAACAGUGACAGUGAAGUGGACAGUACUGAUCACAGUCCUAUACCCUCACCAGGCCAGAAGAAAGUCAAUGAGGACCUCUCGAAGACGCUGCUCUUGUACACAGUUCCUGCCGUUCAAGGUUUCUUCCGCUCCAUUUCAUUAUCCAGAGGAAAUAACCUACAGGACACUCUUAGGGUUUUGACUCUGUGGUUUGACUAUGGUCACUGGCCUGAAGUAAAUGAAGCUCUGGUGGAAGGCAUCAAGACCAUUCAAAUAGACACCUGGCUGCAGGUGAUCCCACAGCUUAUAGCUCGAAUUGACACCCCUCGAGCUCUGGUGGGCCGCCUCAUCCACCAGCUGCUUACAGACAUUGGACGGUAUCAUCCCCAGGCUUUGAUCUACCCACUGACUGUGGCUUCUAAGUCCACCACCACCGCUCGCCACAAUGCUGCUAACAAGAUCCUGAAGAACAUGUGUGAACACUGCAACACUCUGGUUCAGCAGGCCAUGAUGGUGAGUGAGGAGCUUAUCCGAGUGGCCAUCUUGUGGCACGAGAUGUGGCACGAGGGCCUUGAAGAAGCCUCGCGUCUUUACUUUGGGGAGCGCAACGUCAAAGGCAUGUUUGCUGUACUGGAACCUCUACACGCCAUGAUGGAGAGGGGACCACAGACCCUCAAAGAGACUUCUUUUAACCAGGCUUAUGGCAGGGACUUGAUGGAGGCUCAGGACUGGUGCAGGAAGUACAUGCGCUCUGGAAAUGUCAAAGACCUGACGCAGGCGUGGGAUCUGUACUACCAUGUGUUCAGACGCAUAUCCAAACAACUUCCACAGCUGACCUCCCUGGAGCUACAGUAUGUGUCUCCAAAGCUGCUGAUGUGUCGGGACCUGGAGCUCGCUGUACCCGGCACUUAUGACCCCAACCAGCCUAUCAUUCGCAUCCAAUCCAUUGCCCCUUCCCUGCAGGUCAUCACCUCCAAGCAGCGCCCACGCAAACUCACCAUCAUGGGUAGUAAUGGCCACGAGUUCAUGUUCCUGCUGAAAGGCCAUGAGGACCUGAGGCAGGAUGAGAGAGUCAUGCAGCUGUUUGGUCUGGUCAACACACUGCUGGCCAACGACCCGGCGUCCUUACGCAAGAAUCUCAGCAUUCAGCGCUACGCAGUGAUCCCCUUGUCCACCAACUCGGGCCUGAUUGGCUGGGUCCCCCACUGUGACACCCUGCAUGCCCUCAUCAGAGACUACAGAGAGAAGAAAAAGAUUUUGCUCAACAUUGAACAUCGCAUCAUGCUACGGAUGGCUCCAGACUACGACCACCUGACGCUGAUGGAGAAGGUGGAGGUGUUUGAGCACGCCGUCAACAACACAGCUGGAGACGACCUGGCCAAGCUCUUAUGGCUCAAGAGCCCAAGUUCUGAGGUGUGGUUUGACAGGAGGACCAACUACACUCGCUCCCUGGCUGUGAUGUCUAUGGUGGGCUACAUCCUCGGGCUGGGUGACAGGCAUCCAUCCAACUUGAUGUUAGAUCGAUUAAGUGGAAAGAUCCUCCACAUUGACUUUGGAGACUGCUUUGAGGUGGCCAUGACCAGAGAGAAGUUCCCUGAAAAGAUCCCAUUCCGACUGACGAGGAUGCUGACCAAUGCCAUGGAGGUUACAGGUUUGGACGGUAACUACAGGAUCACCUGCCACACAGUGAUGGAGGUGCUGAGGGAGCACCGGGACAGCGUCAUGGCUGUGCUGGAGGCCUUUGUAUAUGACCCGCUGCUCAACUGGAGGCUCAUGGACACAAAUACCAAAGGCAACAAGCGUUCCCGCACCAGGACCGACUCCUACACCGCUGGACAGUCAGUGGAGGCCCUUGAGGGAAUAGACCUCGGAGAGACCACGCACAAGAAACCAGGGACCACAGUGCCUGAAUCCAUCCACUCCUUCAUUGGUGAUGGCUUGGUACAGCCUGAGGCGCUCAACAAGAAAGCUAUUCAGAUUAUCAACAGAGUGCGGGACAAACUUACAGGUCGAGACUUUUCUCACGAUGAGACACUGGAUGUGCCAACUCAAGUAGAGCUCCUCAUCAAGCAAGCCACAUCACACGAAAACCUGUGCCAGUGCUAUAUUGGAUGGUGUCCAUUUUGGUGAAGACUCUUUUUCAACCACACAGACUGACACACCAUGAAGGAUCCACUCAAAUAGGUACCUUUGGAAAGUUGUUCGGCUUUCUUUUGCUGUUGUACAAUUGUACGACUUGCCAGAGGCACGUUUUAGUUAACGAGGAAAUACCUGAAGAGUUGUUUUUACCUGAUUUUCAUAAUUUAACUCUAGUCAUUGCUUCAAAUAUUUCAAACUUUUGACAUCAUAAUCACUCACUAAGAGCUUUCUUCCGUGGCCAUAUUGUAAUAAAUUAUGACAUUUCUUACUUCACAUGCACUGUAUGCUUCUUAUAAACCCGCCAGUCCGUUGUCAUCAUUGUGUAUUACUGUAACAAAACAUAAUAUGCCUUUUACUAACUUCAGUAAAAAUGGAUUUAUAAUGUACUGUAUGGGCAUAUGUGUGCCAUUAAACCCUGUACAGACA